UGUCAUCAUACUUUUUAUUUUAGAAAAGCUCAUUUCGUUGCAUAUACACUAGAUGUGUAAAAGUAUGUGCCCCCCACCUGUUCCUAAUGACUGAUUUAAAAUCAAACAAUUAUAGGCCAAAUUUAUAUAUUUUAUCAGUACAAUGCUUGUAAGAAUAUCAAAAAUCAAGUGAGGGAAAAUAAAAUCCUAUAAACGCAACUUAUCCGACACGGUGCUUUUCUUACGCUCUCUUUCGGGCAUUUGACUCACGCAUGCGCGUUGCUUUUCUCACGUUCUCUUUCGGGCAUUUGACUCGCGCAUGCGCAGUACGGUGACCUCCAUGGAGUGAUGCGCAUGCGCAGUGCAGAGCGCCGCUUAGCGCUCUGUGUGCCAUAGUAUAUGACUGAGACAGCAAAAAAGAAUAUUUUAAAAAAUCGUACCUCAGAAAAAAAGAUUAAAUAAAAAUAAUAAAAUAAUUCGUCAUCAUCGGAAAGAUCUCAUCCCAGAGGUGUUCAGGGCGUUCCUCACCCCAACACGUUCCUGUCACGUCCCUGUCUCUCUCUGAACUCAUCUCCCGCUGUGCCAAACUGUCAGACAUGUCGGGUCCAGUGCCAAGCCGAGCGCGGGUUUACGCCGAGGUGAACACACACCGGCCCCGGGAGUACUGGGAUUACGAGUCCCAUGUGGUGGAGUGGGGAAUGAUGUUUUACAGAAAUCAGGACGAUUUCCAGCUGGUGCGGAAACUCGGACGUGGAAAAUACAGCGAAGUGUUUGAGGCAGUGAACAUCACCAACAACGAGAAGGUGGUGGUAAAAAUCCUGAAGCCUGUGAAGAAGAAGAAAAUAAAGCGUGAGAUAAAGAUUCUGGAGAACCUGCGUGGAGGUCCAAACAUCAUCUCUCUCGUAGACAUCGUCAAAGAUCCAGUGUCCCGAACUCCUGCAUUGGUGUUUGAACACGUGAACAACACAGACUUUAAGCAAUUAUAUCAGACGUUAACAGACUACGACAUUCGAUUCUACAUGUACGAAAUUCUGAAGGCUCUGGAUUACUGCCACAGUAUGGGGAUUAUGCACCGAGACGUCAAACCACACAACGUCAUGAUCGACCACGAACACAGGAAGUUGCGUCUUAUCGAUUGGGGUCUUGCGGAGUUUUACCACCCGGGGCAGGAGUACAACGUCCGAGUCGCCUCACGCUACUUCAAAGGACCAGAGCUUCUUAUUGACUUUCAGAUGUACGAUUACAGUCUGGACAUGUGGAGUCUUGGCUGCAUGUUGGCAAGCAUGAUCUUCAGGAAGGAGCCUUUCUUCCACGGCCACGACAACUAUGACCAGCUGGUGAGAAUAGCCAAAGUGCUCGGAACUGAAGACCUGUACGAUUACAUCGACAAGUACAACAUCGAGCUGGAACCUCGCUUUAACGACAUCCUGGGAAGACAUUCACGAAAACGAUGGGAGCGCUUCGUACACAGUGAGAAUCAGCACCUGGUGAGUCCAGAGGCUUUGGACUUCCUGGAUAAACUGCUGCGAUACGACCAUCAGGCUCGACUGACAGCACGGGAGGCCAUGGAGCAUCCUUACUUCUACCCUGUAGUAAAGGAUCAGUCUCGCAUGGUGGGUUCCUCUAACGUUCCAGUCCUCAACACUGCAGUGAGCACCGCCAGCCUGAUCACAGGAAUCGCUGCGCUUCCUGCCUCCACAGCUCUGGGUCCUCUGACCGGCUCUCCCGUCCUCUCAGCUGCCACUAACCUCAGCGCUUCCGCCAUCGUGCCUGCCACUGCCGGAGCCACUCAGUGAUGCCCUCUGACCUCACGCUCCAUCCAACCCUGCCCCUUUACCCCUCCCUCCCUUUACCCCCG